AAUUUAUGAGUUUCGAAACGAUUCUCUAUACUGCAUCUGCCCUUCUUUUCAUAUUUCUAUUGGUUCUGCUCACCACCGCUUUUCUCAUCGUCCGACGGUCGAAACAAAGCAGCAUAAACCUGCAGACAGUGGUGGUUACCCAUGAGAAUCCGUAUGUCACGAUGACCAGUCAAUCGUCUAAAAUGGAUAUCCCAGUGAUUCUACCCAAAAGAUUCAAUAUGUCCGACAUCGAGCAUAAGCACUUACCACCUCACCAACCACCUCCACCAGUGCCACAUCAUCAUCAAAACCAGCCAACUCACAAUAACACGACUACAAUUUCAUCAGCUACGAGCAGCAUUAACACCACAACCACGAGCAAGAAGCCAACAAUUGCAGCUCCAACGGCUCCUUCACCGAUUAAAAGUCUCUCAGACCACACUGGCCGUGUUAUGCAACUGAACGGACACGUCGGAUUCGAUUCUCUUCCUCAUCAGCUUGUAAAGAAAGCUGUCGAAGCUGGAUUUCAAUUCAAUCUGAUGUGUGUUGGAGAAACGGGAACAGGAAAAACAACACUUAUAGAGUCUUUGUUCAACAUGAAGCUCGAUUUCGAGCCAUGCAAUCAUGAAUUGAAAACUGUUGAGCUGAGAACUUGCACGAAAGACGUCGCGGAAGGUGGAAUACGAGUGAAGCUUCGACUCGUUGAAACUGCCGGAUUUGGAGAUCAGCUGGAUAAAGAUAAAAGUGCCAAAGUAAUUGUCGAUUAUCUCGAAUCGCAGUUUGAAACAUACCUCCAAGAAGAGUUGAAGCCACGUCGAAUGCUUCAGUAUUUCAAUGAUUCGAGAAUCCACGCAUGUCUCUACUUCAUAUCACCUACUGGGCACGGACUCAAAGCCCUCGAUCUUGUAACUCUUCGCGAAUUGGCUAAGCGUGUUAAUGUGAUCCCAGUGAUAGCGAAAUCAGACACAACUUGCAAGGAUGAGCUUCUCAGAUUCAAAGCGAAAAUAUUGAGCGAGCUGAAAUCUCAGAAAAUCGAUAUUUACACGUUCCCAACUGACGAUGAAACUGUCUCAACGACGAACAAGGAAAUGAAUAAAUCGGUUCCGUUCGCCGUUGUUGGAAGUAUUGAUUUUGUGAAGAAAGAGAAUGGACAAAUGGUUCGUGCUCGUCAAUAUCCAUGGGGAAUAGUCGAAGUGGAGAAUGAAUCACAUUGUGAUUUUGUUAAACUCCGUGAAGCACUUCUACGUACAAAUGUUGAUGAGAUGAGACAACGAACUCACGAGUCACUCUAUGAAAAUUACCGUCGUGACAGACUUCGUCAGAUGAAGAUUGGAGAUGGAGAGACUGGACCAAAGAUUAUUGAAAAACUCGCACAGAAACAUCGCGAGCAUCAAGACGAGUUCAGCCGUCGUGAGCUUACUCUUCGCGAAGAAUUUCAGAAGAAGCUUGAUGUAACAGAAGGUGACAUGAGAAAAGUUGAAGAAGGAUUGGCUGCACGCGAGCGAGAGGUUCAUGAGAAUUAUAAUCGAGAGGCGUCGAAACUUGAUAUGGAGAUUCGUCAAUUGACUGAAGAACGUAUGAAGUUAAUGACCAAAGUGUCAAAGAAGUUAAGAAAGUGAAUCUGUUAUUCGAACUGUAUUAUGAUUUUGAUAUUAAUCCCAUUUUGUUUUAUUUCCGUUUUUUAUGUAUUUCAAAUACACACUACACCCAAUUUUUAUCUCUAUCCCCAUCCCAUCGUUAUUGAUUUGAUCUUCACAAACUCCAUUAUUUUAUCGCAUAUUAUUUUCUUUUCUAAAAUAUAUAUUUCUUGCUAGAAAUAUACAGAUCUAUUAUACCCGCAUAAUUUACUGGUAUUAUCACUUGUUAUCGUUGUUUGUAUCCUAUUCGUCUCUCUCUCUCUCUCGCUUAUCCCAUUUUAUUCGUGCCGCCUUUUCCGUGUUAAAUGAAUCACAACAAUGCUUGAUUUUGUGUGUAUUUCAAAAAACAUUUAUACAAGUUUUAAAAUUAAGCAAAAAAUUAUUCAUAAAGUGG